AUGGCCCCUUUACCUGCCAAUGACCCCGAGCGCGUCGCUAGCAUUAUGCUGUCGUGGCACUCGUGCGACCUCGUCUCGUGCACCACCCUACAGACCCUGUGGGCAGGCUAUGGACACAUCUGUGCUAUUAUUGCGAGGGCCAUGACUGAGGGUGCGGCGAAGCAUCUCAGCCAACUUUGCGGGGUGACAAUGGGGGCUGCGGGUUCCACAUAUCCUCUCAUCUUGAAGCUCAUUUCACCCCCGCGGAAAAGCUCUGGAGAUCAUGAUGAGGGCCAUUUGCGUAAGAUGCUGAGCUACGAGGUGGAACAGUAUUUCUACAGUAAUGUGGUUCCGCUAUUAGGCGAUGAGAUCGGCGUUGCCAAAUGCCUUUCCUCGACACGCAACAUGGACGGCCAGCCAGGCGAGGACGAACUUGCAGGUCUGAUGGCCACGAUAAUGGUCGAUCUACGACCUAAUUUUCCAAUUGCAGGCGAAAAAAGGAGUGUUCUUAGCAGUACGCAAGUGCAUAGCGCUCUGAAUUGGCUGGCAAGCUUCCACAGGCGCUCAUGGGGACUACUACCUGACAGCCUUGACAAAUAUGUCUUGCCACCUCUUGAAGAAUAUAAAAGAAGACAAGGUCUAAGCAGGGAUGUUGUCAAAGGGUUGUGGCUCAACGGAGGAUAUACGUACCUUGCCACUCGACGAAAAGAGUACGCUUCUCUAGUUCAGGACACGUACUCGGAGUGGUCAGAAUUGAUGUGCACGCCCUCGGAAGGCUCCUCAUUAUCCAUAACCGAGAUGGCUGCAUUAUUCUUAUCUCCCUAUGGAAGACCGAUCGAGUCGUACAUUCAUGGUGACGUGAAAUCCGAGAAUCUCUUCACAACAACCAGUGGGGACAAAGUCGCCUUCUUUGAUUUUCAGUAUGUCGGGCUAGGCCUUGGAGUCUGCGAUCUGGCAAAAUUGUUUACUUGCUCAGUUCCGUUGCAUAUGCUUACUGAUUCCAAAGAAUCUAUGCCCGAGCAGUUAGCUAUGGGUGAACCUGAAAGAAAAUUACUCGCGUGGUACCGCAAAAGUCUUCUUCAGAAUGAAGACUCGGAUCUCUAUGAUUGGGAGAUUUUCAAGCGACAUUGGGAGACAGCACUGGUCGACUGGUGUAGGUUUCAGGCCUCGUGGGGUUUCUGGGGAAACACAGAGUGGCUUGAAGCCCGUGUGAGAUCAAUUCUGAGCGACCAAAAGUGGAGAGACUGGCUCCUUCAAAAUGUCCGCAGUCGGGACGGUUUCCGGUGA